AUGGAAAAUGAAACAGUGAUCAACAUAUGGACGGGUAAUAUUAAGAAAAUAUUUGAACCAAUAAGAAAACAGUGCAUAGAAGACAUUGAGAAAAUAUUAGAAGAAAAAUAUGUUCCAAAGAAGGAAAUAUUCCAGCUGGUACUUAAAUCAUUGGUGGAGAAAAGCAAAUUAGCAGAAGGCAUCAUAGUUAAGAAUGCAGAAGGCAGAGAUGAGGGAGAGAAUCUAAAGAAUAUGACUGCAAAUAUACAGCAUAUUCAAUAUGAAAAGAAAGAAGAAGAGAAUAUAAUUAACAUGCUAAAAUCAGAAAAGCACAGUGCGAGUGAAGUUCUUGAUCACAUGAUAGGAUGCAUUCAGAAAGAGCUGUGUGCAAGAGCCAAAAUAUAUACUGGUGUUGCAAAUGUUCGGGACGACAUGGCUAGUAGUGGAGUUGAUGUUUUGCAGGCGCUAAACUACUAUCUAUACAUCCAAGCGCAGGAAGAAAUGUGCGAAACACUGCUAAAUAGCCUCUCACGGAAAGUAUACAAGGAAUUUGAAGCCAAUCCAGAGGAGCUUCUUAAAAUACCAAUUCAGCCUGUCGAUACAACGUUAGAAUUUAUUAGAAGAAAUGGCCUAUUCCAAAUACUAAACUAUUGCGAGUGCAUUUUAGGAAGAUUAGGUGAUGAUUUCUAUCCAUCUGAGAUAUAUAUACAAAUCUAUUGUUUUAUUCUUACUGCAGCACAUCACUCGGAUGCAAUCAAGAAAAUGCAAAAGAAAACAACUAAAAUAGAUCAUAAAAAAGUGCUUGAAAUGUUUGGAAACUCCUUCAAUCUGCUUCAUAGCACAGAUGAACAACUUUCUCGCAGAAUGUGCAUUGUUGAAAUGAUCAAGAAAGACAUGCAUGCGAUGCAAGCCAUGAACGGCAUAAAAGACAGCGAAGAUGGUGAUAAAAACGAGUCUGUAGUUAUAGACCUACUUACUGCAAAACCCCCAAUUGAAGAAUUAUAUAAAGAGCAUGGGCACUAUUAUAGGCUAAAAAAUUUCUUGAAGUUUAUUCAGUCAAUAUUUUCCUUAGUUUUCAUGCUAAAUAUGGUGGUCAAGAAUAAUGGUAUUAUGGGGCUAUCUAUGAAGCACAUAUCAAAACCAAGCCCAAUUGAAGCUAUUUUAUCUAUUAUGUGCAUAAUAGAUCUUUAUAACAAUCCAAUAUUAAUGAACAAGAGAAAUACGAAUCUAAGCCCAUACAAAAAGCAUCCAGAGGACUUUUUGUAUUUAGUAGGAUUUUUUGUGCUUAUGUCUACUGUAAUGUGUAUAAUGUUCCCAACAAACUUGCUGAACUAUUCAAUUUAUCUCUUUGAGCUAGUUCUAAUUCUAAUGAACCUUGGGUGCUCUUUGGGCAGCAUAUCACACGAAACUAAAAAUUUAUUUGUGAAAAAAAUCAAUCUAAGAGAAUAUGCAUGGGCUUUAGUGAAAAUUGUAUUCUCAAUGGCUUUCACCAUUGCUAUGCAUUUGUACUUUAAAUCACACCCAAAUGUUAGUGAUGUACCGGCUCUUAACAUCUUAAUUUGUGUUUAA